GUUUAAUAAUACAUACAUAGAUCAUUAGUAGAAUUUGUUUGUGUGAUUAGUAUAAUUAAAAAAUCAAAUAUUGCUUUAAUAUUUUAAAUCUUAAUACAUUGAAAUAUUGUCAGGGGAUGCUUAAAUUUAUGAAAGUUGCGAUGACGCAAAGUGAUCAAGAUUAUCAAAAAGAGGAAAGCUACUCUUAGACUUUAGUUAGUCCAAAAUAAGACUAUUAUCCACACAAAUCAGCUAGAAAUUAUAAUCCUAAUAUACUACUAAGCAAUAACAGUAACCAGAUUGAUUCUUUUAAUGAAGAAGAUCCAAGAAGAUACCUUUCUAUUAAUAGUCCUAAAAGCUCUGUCAGAUUUGGAGAUGAGCAGAGAAGAAUUCUUCUUGAUGGGAAGAAUAAUUUAGAUAAAUUGGCUGAUAAAUAUUGCGAUGAAGAGUAAGAAGAAGAGGAAUAUGAUUCUGUAUAACUUGAUAAUAAUUAAGAAAAUGUAGUUAGCAAGAAACUAUAAUCUUAUCUAAGAAACUCACCAAACAACAAUGAUAGUUCUAAUACAGGAGAAGAAAUUAAAAAUUCUUGGGGUACACAAUUUGAAAAAGAUUAAAAGCAAAACAGAAAUUUAGAUGUAUUAACUCUAAAUAGCCAGAAGCUUUCUGUUUAAGGAAGAGACAAAAGAAGGAAAUGCUCACUGUUUAUAGAAAACUUAGGUGCAGAAUUUUUGAAAUUUGAAGAGAAAACUCUUCGAUCAAAUGAUUAAAUUUCUCAAUAUGAGGCAAAUGCAAUCAGCAUUUCUCCUACUAAACCGCAAUCUUUAUAUGCAAAACACUUAUUAUAGCUCGUAGGAUAGAAUUCCUUCAGCAGUAGGUAUCAAAGUAUUAACUUACACAAUGAAAAUGUUAGCGGUGCUCUUAAUCCCUUAAAUGAUACACCAAUGAAUGAAGAAAUAUUUAAAAAAGAUUCAUCCAAAAGCGAUGAAAACAAUCUUAAAGGCUUUAAAGGCGUUUGGAAAAAGAAAUCUCUUAUCAUCAUUUACCUAGCAAGAAAAUUUGUUGUUGACUUAAAAAAGUAUUCAAAUAUAUGGAGACUAAAAAAUUUAACAGCCAACUAGUUUCGAGCUAUAAAUGAUAUUAGUAGUGAUGAAAACGAAUUCUUGAUGAACUCUGAAAAAGGACAUGAAGGCUUUUUCAGUAAACUGAUGCUUAAAAUUAAAAAUAACAAGACUUUAACAAAAUUUAUUAUGCAUAACUUUGUUGUAAUUCGGCCUGACAGUCCAUUUAAGCUAUUAUGGGAUUGCUUCAUUUUAAUUCUACUAUUCAUUAAUAUUUUUUAUAUUCCAAUAAAAAUUUGCUUUACAGGAGUUCACUAAAUGAAAUUAAAUGAAAUGUAUUAGGUGCUUUUAUACGAUUUACCCGGAUAUUCAUUCAUAUUAGAUUCAAUUAUAAGAGCAAAUACUGCGUUUUACCAAAAGGGAUAACUUAUUACUCAAAAAUCAAAGAUUUUAAUGAAUUAUUAUAAAGAAAGUUUUUUUUUAGAUUUAUUUAUUAUAAUUCCAUAUUUGAUUUCUAUUAAGGCUAAUAUUCCAUUUUUGGAUAUUACUUUCUUGCUCAGGCUUACAAGAUUGACAAGUAUUUUUAAUAACUUUGAAUAAAUGUUAAACCUUUCCUAAAAGCGAAGUGCGAUCUUUAUUCUUAUUAGAUUAUUUUUUACAAUGUUCCUAGUGGCUCAUUUUUGUGGUUGUGCUUUUUUUUAUGCUGGAACUUAUAAUUUGUUGCCAUACAACGAAAAAUCAAAUCUUGAUUUAGAUCAAAUUUCUUGGGUUUAAAAGGCUGAUAUUUUAGAUAAAUCUUUCUAAGAAAAAUACACUGCAUGUCUUUAUUGGGCGACAAUCACUAUGAUUACUGUAGGUUAUGGAGAUAUUGUGCCGACAAGAACCACAGAAAGAUAAUUAGCAUUAAUAAUUACGUUAUUUAGUUGUGCAGUUUAUGCUUAUUCUAUUAAUGUUAUUGGUCUUAUAUUGUAAGAAAUAACAAAAGAGAAACAGAUUUUAAAAAAUAAACUGAGUGUAUUAAGCUCUUAUAUGAAAAAGAGAGGCUUAAGCAGUGCACUUUAAGAAAAGGUGAAGACUUAUUUUAAUUAUAUGCAUGAAGAAGACCUUAAGUUUAAUGAAGGAGGAGAAAUCUUCUUUAAGGAGGUAAAAGGACAAUUAAAAACAGAAGUUCUAUCUGAAAUUUACUAUAAAACUCUUUGUUAGUCCAACCUCUUCAGGAUGAGUUUUUCAUAAAAUUUUUUAAAGAGUCUGUCAUUUGUUAUGGAAGAGUAAAAGUAUGUCUGUGACGAAGUCAUUUUAGACAUAGGACAAGAAUGCAACAGUCUUUACUUCAUUUCUAGAGGUGAGGUUUAAAGUUUAAUUGAUGGUGGAAUAGUUAUUGGAAAUCACUAUAAAGGAGAUAUUUUUGAUGAGAUUUCAUUUUUUAGGGAUGGAAUGAGCCAAAUUAAAUAUAAAAGCAAUGGGAUAACAACAAUUGUUUUGUUAAAAAAAGAGAGCUUUAUAAGUGUUUUGAAAAAAUACCCUAGAGAUUAUGAAAAAUAUUGUGUGAUGAGAGACAAAAUAAAAUUUUACAAUAAUUUAAGAAAUUUUGAACAUAAGUGUAAACUGUGCUAGUCAUUUAAACAUACUAUCAGAGAUUGCUUAUUUGUAAAUCCUUAAUUUAAUAAUCCAAAGAUCUUAUAUGAGCAUAAUAGAAAUGUCAAUUAAGAGAGAAAUCCAGAGGUUAAAAGAUCAUCUCCAAUACUUUCAUUCAGUGAAUUCAAAGAAAAUCAAAGAGAAGUUAGAGAUACUGUGAUUAAAUAUUUAAUAGAUUAGAAUCCAUUUGAAGAAAGUCCACAAGACCUACUCAAUAUAAUUUAGUAAAUUGUUGAUUAUGACAACAUAGAAACCCAGCAAUAUAAAGGGACUUACUAAACUUCUCUCAACUAAUGUGAAAUUCCAUCCCCAGAUUGUGGAUCAAUAUACAAAAAAGUUAAUUUUUCAACUUCACAAGAUUUAACUGAAGUAUCAGACGAGAGUCCUUUUAAUAAUAAAAAAGGAAAAUCAUUUGGAUAAAAUAUUAUUUAAAAGAAAUUAAGUGGAAUAAUUAAUGAUUAACAAAUGAUUUCUAGCUCUUAUUAAAAUAAUCACCAAUAUUAAUAAAAUAGUUUAAAAAACCAAGAUGGUCAAAGAAUUUACUAUUAAAAUCAAUAGAAAAUCAAGUAAUUAGAUGAAAUCGAAGAAAAUUAACAAUUAGAUUAAAUAAAUAACGUAUAAACAUAACAAUCAAAUUAUUAAGACAGAUACCUCAGCAUACCUUCUGACAUGGUCAGUAUUAAUAGUCACAUGUAUACUAAUACAAAAAAAAUUACCUCAUAAUAAACAAUGAAUAGUUAGAGAGCACAGCUACAUCGAUCGUCUUCUAAGAGCUACGCUAUCAAUAAUGACAAUCCUCCUAGCAAUAGUUAAUAAAUGUCUAAAUUCGAACCUUAAACCUUUAGCUCAAAGAAUAUAAUACCUAACGAAAAUAGCUUCACUAUUGAUAAUAGUGUAAGGGUUGCAAAAAAUGUAAAGUAAGCAGAUUAAUUAUUUUAAAUCUAAAACUAAAAGAACUUUAUGGUAUUAAAAGAUUUUGAUAAAGGGUUUUAAUUUUAGAUUUACUUUCCUGAAAAAAAUUUUGAUAAUGUCAUUUAAGAUGCGAUGAAAGCUCGUAGAAAAACAGUUUAAAAUAUAAAUAAGGUGAUUGAUAUAAGAAAGUAAGAAGAUAAAUUAAAGCUGAUAAGAAGUAAUUUAAAUCUAACAAAAGAAAGAUCCAAAUACAAAUAAUCUACCAAAAUGAAUAAGUCUAAUCAAUAGAUUUAUUUGUCUUCCAUUUCUAUUAAUUAAAUGAAUAAUCACGAACUUGAUAGUUUAGAUAAAUAAUGAAGAAAAUUAAUAAUUUUAUUUAUAGCACU